GGUGGUUAUGGGUGUAUGGGGAUUAUAGGGGAGGUGUGGAAUGGUGCAGUGGGCGUGGCUGAGUGGCUGGGAGGAAGAAGAAGAGUGUGUCACUGUGUGUGUGUGUGGCUGGCAGUGUGCUGGUGGUUGUGUCCUGGUAAACCUCGGUGUUCCGACAUCAAGGCUCUUCCCCCAGCCAGGUCAAGCCGGUCACCAGGAUCACCAGCAGCCAUGGAGAGGGAGCAAGUGAGGGUGUGGUGUGAUGGAUGCUACGACAUGGUCCACUUCGGACAUGCAAAUUCGCUGCGUCAGGCGAAGGCGAUGGGGGACUACCUCAUCGUGGGGGUGCACACGGACGAGGAGAUCACCAAGCACAAAGGGCCGCCAGUCUUCACGCAGGAGGAAAGGUACAAGAUGGUGCGCGCCAUCAAGUGGGUGGACGAGGUAAUAGAGGGAGCGCCUUAUGUCACCACCAUCGAAACACUCGACAAAUACAACUGUAACUUCUGUGUCCAUGGAGACGACAUCACCAUGACAGCCGACGGGGUGGACACCUACCACAUUGUCAAGGCUGCCAAGAGAUACAAGGAGUGUCGAAGGACGGAGGGCGUCAGCACCACAGACCUGGUGGGCCGCAUGCUGCUCAUGACCCGGCAACACCAACAGGUUGGGGAGGCAGAGUACCUGGUUGAAAGAGGACAUUCUGACAGCUUAGGCACUGAUGCCAGCGCUCGCUCCCCCUGGACAGGCGUGACACAAUUUCUUCCCACCACACAGAAGAUCAUGCAGUUCUCUUCAGGGCUCACUCCAAAGCCUGGGGACAAGAUCGUGUAUGUGGCCGGGGCCUUUGACCUGUUCCAUGUGGGUCACCUGGACUUCCUGGAGAAGGCCCGGCAGGAAGGAGACUUCUUGAUAGUUGGGCUCCACACAGACCCAGUCGUGAACUGCUACAAGGGCGCCAACUACCCCAUCAUGAAUCUCCACGAAAGAGUUCUCUCAGUUCUUGCUUGCAAGUAUGUGAGUGAGGUGGUCAUUGGGGCCCCAUACUCUGUGACCUGUGAUCUCAUGGACCAACUGAAGGUGGACCUGGUGUGUCACGGCAUGUCGGAAAUCAUGCCGGACGCUGAUAGCUCCGACCCAUACGUGGAGCCCAAGAGGAGGGGCAAGUUCAAGCUUCUCGACUCUGGCAACGACAUGACCACACAGAGGAUAGUGGAGAGGAUAAUUGAACACAGGCUCGACUACGAGGUGCGUAACAAGAAGAAAGAGAAGAAGGAGAAGGCUGCUUUUGCUGCUUACAUGAAGGCCAAAGCUGAGGGUCGUGUUGACAUUGACCCUAUCCAGGUGGAGUGACCCAGUGACCUGCCCUGCUGCAGGUCACUCAGGAGCUACUUCAAGAAUUGCUUUGUACUAUAAUGUUAGAACAAACUAAUCCAUUAUUCAGAACCUACUAAUGAAUGUAUAAACGGACUAAGUUUUGCUUUUACCUACAUUUAUAGUUGUUGAAGAACUGUUGAAGUUAACAUUACCAUUGAGAUGCCUUCAUGAUGUGGCACUUCAGAGUUUUUUGCACCCUCAUGGAAAUUGUAAAUAUUCUAUUCUUUUUAUUUUGAAUAGCUUACUUUUAUUUUCUGUUUUGUGUGAGACAAUGACUGCAUUUCUUCACUAUUACUAUUUCUUCACUGUUACCCAAGAAUUGAUUCAUGUCAUGCAGAUUGAAGUCUGACAGGACAGUCACUAGCCAGUAUAAACAUUGAAUUAAAAGACCAUCUAGUCAUUAUUGCCAAAAGUCUGCUUAAAAUAUUUAGGUUUAUGAUUUGAAUAUACAUAUAUUUUUAUCCUGCAAAAUAGAUAAUUAAUUCACAUAUGUAUUUUGAAAGUUUUAUAUUUUCAAUAUUAAGAUUAUUCUAUCAUGUACAGGUGCAUGGUUUAAUUAGAACAGGUGUUGUGGAGGCUGCAUUUAAUCAUGGGGCUUCCUUCAAGUGUGCGGUCAGUUGGGGCGAGGGUGUGGGAGCGGCGCAGUAUUGACCCCACCAAAGCCUUGUUGUCUGUUGUGUGGGUGAGCGAUACAGAUGUUGUGCAAUGUUUGUUCUUAAGACCUGAAGUUUGUUAUUGUCAGUUGUCAAUGCUUAUCUUUUAAUAUAACUUAAUAAAAUUUAUUUUUCAGUUUCUACUCGAUAUGGUCAUGAGAAGUUAACAAUGUUUUAACUAUUUUUGUUCUAUAUUUUCAGCACUCGUGUGACUGAGGUAAUGCAUCUUUACGUUCAUGUCCUUUAGGGCCAGCUAUAGUUUCAUAUUUGUUAUCACUGUUGAAUUAUUCUGAAAAAAAACAUUCAUUUUAGAGAAAACAAGACCCCUCAUUCAUUCAUGAGUUUCCAGAUAUUCAGUAUUUAUAUUUUGUAUCGUAUGUAAAUACAGUUCUUCUCAAUUUUUUUAGGUGCUUUUUUCAGCUGCUGUGACCUUUUUCCCAAGCAAUUCAGUUUUUCUUCAUUGGAAUGCAGAAAAGUCUGUCUGCUAUAAGUAAGCUGCAAGAGGCAAAUAGAUUGUCUGGUGGCCAGGACAGAACGUGAGGUUGAGCCACGAGUGCGUUACCUUAGGCCAAGCAGAGCUGCUUGGCUUUUUGCUAGCUGCUGUUGCAAUCUUGUGUGUCUAGUGAGUGGGAAACUCUUGGACCUUAGUCUUUGUUACUCCAUGGCUUCCACUGUACAACUCUUAACACACCCUUGUGUAUUUUACUAUUUUGAUACCAAAUUUAUACAACUCCAUACAGACUGGCCAGUACAGGACAGUCUUAGAUUCUUCUGUCCUUAACUGUCAUUGCACACUGCAGGUAAAAGACCCAGCUGCUGAAAGCAGUGCCAAAACAAAGUGGGGAGAAUCACUGAAAGUCAUGCAGCAUUUUCUUUGUCUUUUCUCUAUACCUAUUUUUAAGGAAAUAAUCAGUUUAGUUAAAUAUUGUUUUACUUGAAUUACAUUUUAUCAUGUUUUAUUUUUCAUAUAAAACUAAGUCAUCACAGAGUAUAGGCAAUUUUCACCUAUGAAUUAUAUGUAUUGCAGUGUUGUGGUGGUGCACACAUACAAAAUUAAGUAGGGAGUGAGAGGGAGUAGUGAGAGGUUAGGGAUAUCACAUCAUCGACAUCUUGUACAGGCAGCCACUUGCUGCCAGGCACAGUUAGCAUCACCUUUUCCUCCUUGUGUUGGGGCAGGCAGUGGGGCUGGAGGUGAGGUGAGGUGAGGAUGGGCUCAGGGGUACAAAAUUUUAUUUCACUAAUGGUUCCCUAAAAGCUGAACAAAUGAACUUUAAAGGCCUUUCUCCACUAACUAAAAUGCUAUUACUUUACAUACUGAGGUGUAUCUACACAAAAUUCCUCAACCCACUCCGUCUUCUUGGGCUUUUCCUUGCCACCCAGCCCUGCACGUCUCCAUCAUCCAUUUGCCGCACGUCUGCCAGUGUAGUCUUGCAUCACCAUUCCCUCCACAAGGAGAAUGACAAAAUGAACCAACAUUGAAAGGUGUGUCUAACUGUACCUAGAGAGUAUGAAGGAAGAUUUAUUGCAAUGAAGCACUAAUUGAGUACCUGUGUGAAGUAGAUUUCUUCAUGAAAAUUAACUGAAUACCUGAAGUGAUUAAUAAAAUAAAUUAUGGCUUUAUAGAGAAAUUAAGGCAGGUUCGACAUCAAAAGCAUUUAGUAAAACUACUUUCAUUCAGUUUUCAGCAAUCCAAAUAUUCUAAUUGUUUGUACUAUUGGUAUUCAAGAUUUGGGAGAGUUGGGAAGGAUACUCCCAGUCUUAAAUCUCAACCCUUAACUAUUUUUUGUAACAAAUAUGUAAAUUGAGUGAAGUAGGUUCGGCAUAUAAUGGUCAAUAAGCAAAUUCCACAUAAAAUAACUGAGUAGGCACAACAGUCAUCUAGAUGUUGGAUCAAGUUGUUCAUCUGCAGUCAGGUAGUCUUUCCACCCUUCAGGUAGAACCUCCACCCUCCAGGCAGGUAGCCAUUAGUCAUUCUCUGGAGUUAGUCCUUGCAUCACAGUGAUGUCUUGGCUUGCAUUAUUUGCCUAGCUAAAGGAAGUGAUGAGAGCCAAUGAUAAUAGCAUUUAGUUCUAGUAUUGUGAUUUUCAUGCAAUAUUUUAUUUUUUAAUCAGUGGUACUAUUUGUUUUAUUAAUAGAUUCAAAUAUUUGGUGAGGUGAGUAACUGGUAAGCAGCACUUGGCAAGCUUGCUUGUCAGAAAAUUUCAAUGCUUGUUUUUUGCCAAAACUUUUCAAGUACUACUUUCAUGAGGAUGACUAUUACUUGACAACCAUUACCAACGACCUGUGCCCGUGGCUCCUCGAGGCAGACACCAGCAGUGCUGUACCUGCCUGGCAUGUGUACAAUCUGUUACUUAACCAGGAACUUUUGUGAAAUUUUAAAUCGAUUUUUGUUUCAGAAUAAAAAACGAUAUAACCAA